UUUAUCGGCAACCAUGUAGCUGCUGUGACAGCGAAAACCUUCCGUGGCUUGCAUCAGUUAUCACGCGUGGACAUGUUUAUUCACGUCGGGAGAAAAUAUCAGCGUCUCAGAAUAUGUUUGUGCCGAUAAGUGGACGCUCGGAGGGAAACUGGGAGGGAGUCGACGGUGAAAGCGGAGCCUUUUAACCGGAGUCUGUCGGCCGGCGGGGACUGGAUUUAUUAAACUACAUUAACCGCUGACCACCACUGCCCUGCCGAGCUGAUUUUACUCCCCGACCCGGGCGCGGUAACGGAGUGAUACUGGGGUGAGUUCGUUUCGUAGCAGCAGCAGCUACGCGUUACCGCCCUGUUUUGUUUUUGUUUGUUUUUUUUCCUCGGCUGGAGGAAGGCUGGAUUUACUCUGCCGGUUGAAGAAUCAUACCAAGUCCUGUUAACACCAUGGGGAAUACAACCUCCUGCUGUGUGUCUGCCAGCCCCAAACACCGGAGGACCAAUCACUCUCGCCUGGAACCGUACCGGCCGGAGCCGGAGCUGAGCCGGGAGGACACGGGCUGUAACCUGCAGCACAUCAGCGACAGAGAAAACAUCGACGAUCUGCCCAUGGAGUACAAUCCCUCUGAUCAUCCUCGGGCCAGCACUAUCUUUCUUAGCAAGUCUCAAACUGAUGUUCGAGAAAAGCGGAAAAGCCUUUACAUCAACCAUUUUACACACAUUUCGGAGAACAAGCAUCAUCCGGGCCCAGUGAGACGGAAGUACAGCUCAUGUUCUACCAUAUUCCUUGAUGACAGCACUGUCAGUCAGCCCAACCUCAAGUACACCAUCAAAUGUGUAGCCCUUGCAAUAUACUACCACAUAAAGAACAGAGAAAUCGACGGAAGAAUGUUAUUAGAUAUUUUUGAUGAGAAACUACACCCACUUUCGAAAUCUGAAGUUCCUUCUGAUUAUGACAAACAUGACCCUGAGCAGAGGCAGAUCUACCGUUUUGUCAGGACACUGUUCAGCGCUGCACAGCUCACUGCUGAGUGUGCCAUUGUUACGUUGGUGUAUUUGGAGAGACUCCUCACUUACGCUGAGAUUGACAUUUGCCCUGGAAACUGGAAGCGAAUUGUCUUAGGUGCCAUUCUCCUUGCGUCUAAAGUGUGGGAUGACCAGGCGGUCUGGAAUGUCGACUACUGCCAAAUUCUCAAGGAUAUCACUGUGGAGGAUAUGAAUGAGCUGGAGCGUCAGUUUCUGGAGCUGCUGCAGUUCAACAUCAAUGUGCCAUCCAGCGUCUAUGCCAAGUAUUACUUUGACCUGCGCUCACUGGCUGAAGCCAACAACCUCAGCUCCCCUCUGGAGCCUCUCAGCAGAGACAAGGCCCAGAAACUGGAGGCAAUCUCAAGGUUAUGUGAUGACAAAUACAAGGACUUGAGGAAAUUAGCCAAGAAGCGGUCAGUAAGCGCAGACAACCUGGCAGUGGUGCUGUGGUGCCCUGCAAUCAUUUCCUAACACACGGCUCCAGCAGCACGGGGCAGAGGAUCAGCCUGAUGGACAGAUCCGAUCAGAGAGGAGAGCAGUCCUGUGGAUGCUGCCUGCCCACUAAAACAGGAAAAUGUGAACACUGACACAUUCUGGCACUUUUGUGAGUGUGACUCCACUCUCUGUGGUUUUUGUACAUAAAAUAAGUCCCACUGGUUGCCUGCACUGAACCAAACAGCUGAUGGAAACCCAACUGAACUGUUUGAAUGAAGAUUGUGGCUGCAGAAUAAGUCAAAAGGAAACACACCUGUUGAGAGGAGAGACUGUGAAUGGAGUGUGGAACAGAAAGGAAGUGGCUUUACAACCACAACAGCGUUCCAAAAUGCCCUUCAAGAAAGGCCGUGUACAUUUCUUUUCAUAUUCUGUCUCUGGUUUCUUAGCGGAAGCAUGAGAUUCAUUUUUGAAUAACUCUUGAGUUUGUUGCAGUGUUUUGUUGACGUACCUGUUCAUCCAUUGGACCCUUACAAAAAUUCUGCUCACUGAUCCAAGCGUACAUUUUUUUUAAACAAAUGAAAGUUUGUACAUUCCACCGUUUACUUGCAGUUCGAGAUUGCAGUGAGAAAUCUGACAUAAAAUUUAACAACACAUCACAAGCUUUCUGAGACAAAAUGUUCCGUGGAAUAGUUUUGAUCCAUUAAAUCUUUGUACAGAUGGAUAUCAACUCAGUUAGGUUGUAUGAGUUCAGUUCAAGGACACUUUGAGAGGACCUGAGUCACAUUUCCUGAUAAGUCCCUCUUAAAAGUUUUAUGAGCAUUUUAACAGUUUCAGUUUGUUCAUAAACAAUAUUUAUCAGCCAACAAAUGCACUAAUCUUCUUAGGGUCAGCUGUCCAAAAUCCAAAAAUACUUCACAUCAAGGGUGCACCAAUCAAUAAAGAUGCAUUCAAAAUAACAGUACAUGUUGACGUUGCCAAAUAUGAAUACUAACGUUGUAGGCUAGCCUUUAUCCAUGACAGUGCUGUGUUGUUAACACUGUGAUCAUUGUCUGUGCGACGGUGGCCUUAUGUGGCGUGUGACCAGAAAGAUCAUAUCCAAGUGUUCGAUAUUAAAUGCUUCAGCAGAUGAACAGUGCACGUGAGGGGUCAGGGCACACUCUGUAAGCUACGAUAUUCUUACAAGUGACUUAAAUCAGGAACCAGCUCUUUUGAUUAAACAGGCUAAGCUAUGAUCAUAUUAAGCCCCUUUCCACUCAGAAUCUGGCCCCAACCUACUUUGUGUUUUUGUCUGUUCUUCAUCAGUGCAUUCCAAAGCAUUUGACACUGAAACCAAAUAUUUGGAUAGAAAGUAACACUGUCAUACUGCAACACAGCAGUGCAUCUGGAAGAAGUAUCUUGUUUUGGAGGUCUUAGAUACAAUGUUGAAGUAGGUGAAUUGUUGUCUACACAAGGACUCUCAUUUAAAACUGAACACAGAAAUCAUUUGUGAUUAAGCAUGUGUUGCUACGGACUGGUUUCACAAAACCUCUCCAGUUCCAUGGACUUUUCUAAAUCACCAUUUGAACCUAAGAGUUUGAGAUGGGGAAGAUUUUCUCUUCCAACAAAGAUAUCAUCCUACAGUUCAGAUCCAAAGGCAAUAUCAACGCGUGGAUUAGUUGUUCUGAAUAAACGUUUGGAGAGAAGUAGGAGAGCAACCUCGACUCACCAUAAAGAGGUUGUUUUGUACUUUAUUCACUGCCGUUGUCCUGACCUGUGGUGCCUGUAAUAAGCUAGUUUAACACAAUUCAUUUUUCCCCAGUUUUAUUGGAGGAAUAGAACAAAUAUUUCUUAAAAUCUUCUCUUUUCAACACUUUCUACUGUUCUUCCACUUUAUCAAGAGACAGCACAAAUGGAAUACUGAACUCUGGGCAACAAAGCCAAGAAGCAUGAUUCUUCAGGGUUGUUUUUUCUUCUUCUGGACAUGACCGAAAUUAAUUUUUAAAUAAGCAUUAUGUUCUAAUUUAAAAAGUGCUUACAAAACAAAAAAAAUGUGAAUGUUCUGCUGAAUUGUGUGUACAGUGUAAAUUCAGUACCAGUGAGUCUGUAAAAGCCAGAAUAAAAAUAGUAGAAUAUUUAUAUUGGAGCAGUUUUUACAUGAAGUCAAUGAUGGGAAUGUUUGAUUCUGACAAAUGAAGAAAGCUGAAGUAUUAAAGUUCAGAUCAAAACAAGAGA